AAUGUCCUGACACACCGCGACAUUUAUGAGAUGCUUUAAGUGCCAUAAUGGUGGAUGAUGAUGUGGGUGGAACUGCUGCGCACGCACACACACACACACACACGGUUUGACAGCGGAGUUUCAGGUUCAGUUGAACAGACACUCACACCCGUCACGAAGAUGCUGCUUGGACUCGUGCUCCUCUCCCUCCUCGUCUCUCCAGUGCUGUCAUUGGAUUGCUACGUGUGCAGUUCUUCUCCCACCAAUGCACAAUGCAACAGUAACAACAACACUCAGACAUGUCAGCCGCCACUGGACACGUGCAUGACCGCCAUCGACAUUUUAGGCUUUGAGAAAGCCAUAGUGAAGUCGUGUGCCAGUCAGGCCACAUGCAAUGGAGCUGCCGCAGCCGCAUCAGUCGACUCAAACGGUAACGGAAACAUCGUGAACUGCUGCAACAGCUUUAACUUGUGUAACUUCAGUGGAGCCGAGUCUGUUCACAUACACACAACACUGGUGCUUUUGACUGUAGGUGUAUUAUUACUGCUGUCGCACUGAGGUCAGUGAGAUGUACCAAUGCUGUCUCUAAAUGUAACUUAACAGACUAAUAUUAUGUAAUAUAUUGUAUCAUGUAAAGACCGUUUUGCUCUGUAAUUCUGUUGGAGACACAUACAGAGUAUUAAUACUAUUGUAUGUAUACACAAGUAUGAGAUUAAAAUAUUAACAGGACACUGACCUUCCUGUGGCGGUUCUAUGUGAAUGCUGAUUGUUAUGAUGUUAUGUUAAAAAUGCCCUCACAGAUAAUACAUUAUGGCUUUGACUCUCACUGAACGCAGGUUUUUUAGCACUGUUCUUGGACUUGUAUUUCCUUUAAAAUCUCAGGUUCUUAAAUACUGUUCAAUUCCUGCUGUACUAUGCUUGAUUAUUUUAAUGGAUUGUCCAAACUACAGCCUAACUUAGGAAAGCUUUUUGGCACACCUCUAUGUCGGCCAGGUGCGUAGGAUGUGACCCAAACUACAGCCUAAAACAACUUUAGAGGGUUUAAAUGUAUCAUAAUAUAAACAGCAGUAUGACCUGCCUAUAUACACCUUUA